ACUUGUCUUCCCCUCUCUCUCUCUCUCCCUCUCCCUCUCCCUCUCUCUCUCAGCCUUCGCCGUCUGAAUUCAUCGGAAAGCCUUCGAUUAUCCCCUUCUGAUUUCUGAAAUAGCAAUCUCAAAGCGAUCGGCAGUUUUUGAACAAUCUAUGGGAGAUAUCUUUUUUUGGAAAAAAUCCAUGGGAUCUAUUUACCUGGAUGCAUUUAUCACAACUUUCAGCUACUUCAUCGGAACUGCGACUUGGCGGCGCUUGGGAAAGACGCCAUCGGCCACCUCCAAAGUCGCCCCCGAUGCCCAGAAGGACCUUAAGAAGAGAGAGGAUUUCCUUCCUGUGCAGAAACAUUGCUCGGGUGGCGAUGGCCAGCAAGACAAGAAGGGAAUUGACGUGCUGAGGACGGGAUCAGCUGGUGGUGGAAGAGGCAAGAAUGGCCACUCAAAGGUUGUAGUUUCAGCAUUGGAGGGGGCAAUUGGUGAACAACCAGUGCAUUCUGGUGGUCUGGCAAAUGGUAGUGGUGCAAGUGGAGCGGAUCCCAAGAUGAAAAAGCCUGCUGCUCCACCCUCUUGGUACGGUCACAAAUUUGGCAGUUGCAAGGAAAAUGGAGAGAUGGCAUCUGGAGAAGAAAGGUCUUGGUCAGUGAAACUUCUGGCGGUGUUACUAUUCUUAUUUGGAAAAAUGCCUGUCCUUGCUUCAGCGGAUUUUACGCUUGUGUAUCAAAAUGAUUGCCCGAUACCGAUAUUCCCAUCACUGAUUCCUACCGGCGGUUCUCCAAAAUUAUUCGAUAGAACCAGUCUCAGUGCAAUUGGUCCAAAUAUAGUACAGUCAUAUACUUUGCCAGAUGGGUGGGAAGGCAUUGGCCUUUUCGGUACUGGAUGCAUUUCUGAUGGAUCGGGCAGUCGCAAUUGCGCCACCGGUAAUUGCGAAGGCAGGGAUUGUACUGCAGAGGACAGUCCGGUGGCAACAACUUUCAUCAUUUUCAGCGACGGUUCCAUCGCUAUGUCCGCGGAUAGGGGGUAUAAUGUCGGACUUGAGAUUGAAGGAAUGCAUGUUGGCUGUGGACCGUCUGCAAGCUGCAAAGCACAGUUGGGGAGCUGCCCAAAUAAUCUGAGGGUAUUAAACAGUUCAAGAGCUGUGGUUGGAUGCAACCCAGGAACGGGGCUACAUUUCUCUGAGAAUCAAUGCACCAUCCCCGGGGAUUACAGUGCUUCCACGGUGAAAUUCACUUGUCCAAUGAAGAAUCCCAUUAUAAAGAUUAAAGCGUCAUGCCAAUAGUAAACACGCAAAUAUAGGUUGAACGAGGAUUCUGUGCAGUAACAUGAACUUCUAAUAAAGGUUGUUUGGAAAUACUAUUUGGACAGUUGACGCUGGGCCUCCUUGUUAGUCCUGGGAUUUGCUCUAUGCUUUUGAACUUGAACCUCUUGGUGAAUCGUCUAGUUUCCGAGAGAAUUUGCAAUCAGCAUCUGUGCUACUGCGUGAAAUGUUUGUAACAGUACGGAUGAACUGAGGGAGAACACGGUACUAUGCAGUUAGAGAAGCAGUCGUUAGGAACGCAGCCUAGUGAGCAAUAGUUUUUACAGUUGGAAUUAAGAUGGACUCGAUUUAGAGACUUAAGAUUAAACACUUUAUCAG